GAGGGACUUGUGAGAGAGUGAAACACGAGUGUAUGUGAGGGAGUGUGCUGUGUAAUUAACUAUCACAGCUAUGUCUUCUUCUUCAGGUCAGCAUGGUGGUUCCCUGUCAAACCCUCCGUUGUUUACAGGGAAGAAUUAUGAUGUUUGGGCCAUCAAAAUGAAGGCAUUUCUUAAGGGAAAUGAUGUGUGGGAUUCUAUGGAAAAGGGCUUUAAUCCACCUCGGUUGCCUCAGAAUCCAUCAGUAGCUCAAAUAAAGCAACAUGCAGAGUAUGUAGCUGGUUCAUACAAGGCUUUUUCAUUCAUCCAUAGUGCUGUUGCAGAUGAGAUAUUUCCCAGAAUAAUGAGAGCAGAAACGGCACAAGCAGCAUGGGAAAUACUCCAGAAGGAAUUUGAGGGUGAUGAAAGGAUUAAAGGCCAGAAGAUUGUGAAUUUGAAGAAGGAGUUUGCAAUGAUGAGAAUGAAGGAGACUGACACCAUUCAUCAGUACUCCAACAGGCUUAUGGAUGUUGUGAACCAAAUAAGAUUGCAUGAUGAAGAUUUUCCAGACCAAAGAGUUGUGGAAAAAAUGAUAGUGAGCCUUCUUGAGAAGUUUGAGCCAAAAAUAUCAGCUAUAGAAGAGUCGUGUGAUUUGAAGACUCUUACUAUUUAUGAACUGAUCAGCAAGUUGCAGGUUCAUGAACAAAGGACUGCUUUUAGAAUGGAAGACAUGGCUGCUCGUGAAAAUAAAGGAAAAAUGGUGGCUACACAGUAUCAGCCAUCUAAGAAAGAUAAGUUUCCUACAUGUCCGAUCUGCAAAAGAACUAAUCAUGAUGGCAAGGAUUGUUGGUACAAAGGGAAGCCACAAGUGCAAUGUAGAUUUUGUAGAAAAUAUGGUCACAUUCAGAAAUUUUGCAGAUUUAAGGAAAAUCAGUACAGACCAAAGCAGCAACAAGCACAAGUAGCAAGCACAACUGAAGAUCACUUGUUUAUGGCUUCACUAGCUUUCGGUUCAGUUGACAAGUGCUCAUGGUUUGUGGACAGCGGCUGUACCUGUCAUAUGGCAAAUAAUGAAGCAAUUUUUUCUGAAUUGGACAAGUCAGUGAGAAUCAAAGUGAAGCUUGGAAAUGGCUCAAUAGUGCAAUCAGAAGGCAAGGGUAUUGUGGCUGUUCAGACCAAGAAAGGUACAAAAUAUAUUCAUGAUGCUCUCUUUAUACCUUCCUUGAGUCAAAAUCUAUUAAGUGUUGCACAGAUGCUUAGGAAAGGUUAUUCAGUUUCAUUUGCCAACAAUGCAUGUUAUAUCUAUGAUUCUUGUGGUGUCGAACUUGCUAGAAUCAAGAUGGUAGAGAAUAGCUUUCCUAUUACGUGGAAUUCUCCUUGCUUGCAUGCUGUUUAUGUAUCAAAAUCUGAUGAAACUUCUUUAUGGCACAAGAGAUAUGGUCACUUCAAUUUGAAGUCUCUUAAGUUCCUUCAAACCAAUGAACUUGUUAGAGACUUACAAGAAAUUCAUGUGAACGAUGAUGUAUGUUCAAGCUGUCAAUUUGGGAAGCUGCAUAAACAAGUUUUUCUAAUCAACAAUUCAUGGAGAGCAAGCCAGAAACUUGAGCUAGUUCAUACAGAUGUUUGUGGUCCAAUGAAGAUUGCUUCGCUUGGUCAGAAUCUCUAUUUCAUUCUUUUUAUUGAUGAUUACACCAGAAUGACGUGGCUGUAUUUUAUGAGUAGCAAGGCACAAGUUUUCUCUGUGUUUAAAAAGUUCAAGGUACUUGUUGAGAACCAAAGUGGCUACAAAAUCAAAACCUUGAGAUCUGACAAUGGAAAAGAAUACACUUCAAAGGAGUUUGACAGCUUUUUUGAAGAUGCAGGGAUAGCACAUCAGUUAAUGGUCCCUUAUACUCCUCAACAAAAUGGAGUUUCUAAGAGGAAGAACAGAACAAUUAUGGAGAUGGCUCGAUGUAUGUUGCAUGAAAAGAAGCUGCCUAAGAAUUUUUGGGCAGAGGUUGUUUAUAUAGCUAUAUAUUUGUUGAAUGGUUUGCCUACUAAAGCUGUGCAAGGAAAAACACCUAUUGAGGCCUGGUUUGGUGUUAAGCCUUCUGCACAUCAUUUGAAAAUUUUUGGCUCUAUUUGCUAUACUCAUGUGCCUGAUGCAAAGAGAACCAAGCUUGAUGUUAAAGUUGAAAUUGGUAUUCUGGUGGGUUACUCUACAAAAUCAAAAGGCUACAGGGUAUACAACUUGCAAUCUGGAAAAAUUUCAGUUCACAGAGAUGUACAAGUUGAUGAAGAUUCUCAUUGGGAUUGGGACAAGAGAGUUGUUGUGAAAAAUGGUGAUAUAGCCUCUGUCAAGGAUGAUGUAGAAGCUUCCAAAGAGGAAAUUUCAGCUUCUAAUGUAGCUGAUGUUGAUGCUCACCAUGAUUCCCCUGUUAUGAAAACUAAAUCCUUGUCUGAAAUUUAUGAAAGAUGCAACCUGGUUGUUUUAGAACCCAACACGUAUGCAGAAGCUUCCAAGCAUGACAUAUGGAGGCAUGCAAUGCAGGAGGAGAUGCAGAUGAUAUCAAAAAAUGAAACUUGGGAAUUAACUUCCCUACCACCGGAAAAGAAUGCCAUUGGAGUCAAAUGGGUGUUUAGAACCAAGAUGAAUCCUGAUGGCUCCAUUCACAAGCACAAAGCUAGAUUGGUAGUGAAAGGAUAUGCUCAGCAAGCUGGAAUUGAUUAUGGUGACACUUGUGCACCAGUUGCUCGGCAUGAUACAGUCAGAAUGUUGAUUGCUUUAUCUGCUAAUUUUGGCUGGACAAUUUACCAUAUGGAUGUCAAAUCAGCUUUCUUGAAUGGCCAUUUGCAGGAAGACAUUUAUGUGCAACAACCUGAGGGCUUUAUUAUUUCUGGUCAUGAAGACAAGGUUUACAAGCUUAAAAAGGCUUUGUACGGGCUCAAGCAGGCACCCAGAUCUUGUCAGGGGAAAUGAGUUAUUUUUUAGGCAUGGAAAUUCAUCAAUGUGAAUCUGGUAUAUUUGUUUCUCAACAUAAAUAUGCUCUUGAUGUCUUGAAGAAAUUCAG